AUAAUUUUAGCCUAGCUAUAUAUGGUGUUCUCUCUCUUACUUGUAUAAUGACCUUGAAGACUUUAUACCGACUUAUCGUAUCCGAGAAUAAUUUAAUGAAUAAAAACACGAGUAUAAUUUUUAGUACAGCCAUUGCCGAGUGCAAUCCUUCCUGAAACACCUUCAUUAUAGUCUCAAAUCCACAAUUUCUUUACAUUCGUGAUGACAAUGAAGGUUAUGAAGCUGAUUCUAAAUGUUAAAUGUAUGUAAGACAACCGCACAUGUAAAAAAAUAUUUAGGAUUUGGUUUGUAUUAUAUUUAAUGUGAUUCUAUCAACUUGUGAUAUAACUACUAUAUCAAACGCUUCGUUUUUAUAAUUUCUACGUGCAGUGUGAACGUCCUCAUAAACGAGACUGUUGAAAACAGUUUAUACGAGUUCCUUGUUUGGCAAUAGCACACAAUUCCGGAACUAAUUUCAUGAUAAGGUUGCACAAUGUAUGGCGCAUCGGAAGUUCUUGUACUGCUUUUCCGAUUCCACGGGGUCUCAAGGAAAAACACGUCCUAUUUUGCAAAACUUAAUUGUCAUACACCCUCAACGCAGUGGUUUUCAUACCUCAAGAGAACGAAACUACCAUAUUUGGGCGUAAUUGAAUUACGUAGGCACAGUCCCAGGUGCUGGACUGCUGGUAAUAAAAACCCAGCGUGGCUCUGAUACAAGACAGAAGAAGUUGGGAGAUUCAUUUAGCGCACAUCAAGAUGUUUUUCAAAUUGAUCUUAACGUUGUGUCUUGUUUAUCUUUCUUCGAAUGGAAAUGCGUCUAAGAUGAGUAAAGACGAAGCAAUGAAAUAUAUGCAAAAAUUUGGUUAUGCUGAUCCUGGUAGAUCUGGUAACAGAGAUUUCAGCAAAGCAAUUGCCAGAUUUCAAAGGUUUUUCCAUUUGAAAGUAACCGGGAAAAUGGAUGAAGAGACUGACAAGGAAAUGGAGAAACCUCGAUGUGGUAAUUCGGACGAGGUGGAUGACACAGGAAGACGUGCAAUCGCAUUUAGGACUGGUUCCAAGUGGCGCAAAACAAGACUGACCUAUCGUUUUCUUCGUAACUCAGGUGACGUGUCUGUGGCAACAAUGAAGGCAACCUUUGUUAGGGCUUUUAGAUUUUGGAGUAAUGUCACCCCUCUUAGAUUCAGCGAAGUAACAUCAGGAAGGAGCGAUUUUACAAUCGUGUUUGCCAGAGGAGAACACGGAGAUGGCGCAGCCUUCGAUGGGCCAGGCAGAGUUUUAGCACACGCAUUUUUGCCUGAAAACGGCCGGGUGCAUUUUGACGAAGAUGAAAGGUAUACAGUGAAUGGAGCAUCUGGAAUUGAUCUUCUAGCCGUGGCUGUUCACGAGAUUGGCCACGCUCUGGGUCUUUAUCAUUCCAAUGUCAGGGGCGCGAUCAUGUGGCCCAGUUAUAAUGGAUAUGAUCCAAACCUUAGAUUACAUAGAGAUGAUAUCGAAGGCAUCCAAUCCUUGUAUGGUAUGUAAAUAUACUGCACCGGUACUUCUGCUUUAAGGAGGCUUUGGGAGGGAUGCAGUUUAAAUUUCUUCUGUGGCUGUGACUAAAUAUUACUUCUAGUAGUUUGCUUGUUCAACGCUGCUGUUUGUAACGAAUUCAUUGUUUGAAACACUUCACCAAAUUA